UUACUCAUUGCAAGUUGCUUUUAUAUGCGAGCAUGCUUUUAAUAUGAAACAAACGGUUUGACUGGUAUGAUCAAAGAAAAGUGUUGGAUACGUUUGAACGUUUGACGAGGAUUAAACUAACUUUCGUACGAAAGGAUAUAUUUAAUGACUUCUGUGGUGCAACCCAAAGGUGAGGACGUGAAUUCUGCGGAUUCUGGACCAGCAGAUUUUGAACGUGCGAUAUGCUUAUCAGGUUAUGGAAAAUUCAAUUAUUUAUUACUACUGGCUAUACUGCCAGCUAGUUUUGCCAGCAUAUUUUCAUCUUCAUCGACAGCCUAUGUUUUACCAUCAGCGGAAUGUGAUCUUGAACUAACCAUGAUUGAUAAAGGACUACUCAAUUCCAUGUCCUUUGCAGGUAUGAUCAGUACUAAUUUUCUAUGGGGAUUUAUGGCUGACACUUAUGGAAGGAAAAAAAUUAUGUUUUAUGGAUACAUGCUAACUGGUUUUAUCACAUUAGCCACGUGUUUCUCUCACAGAUCGUGGCUUUUAAUACUUUUCAAAUUUUUGGAAGGAUCUAUAAUAUCCGGUCCUUAUGCAGCUUUGAUGUCAUAUUUGGCUGAAGUACAUGAUGAAAAUCAUCGUUCACGUACUUACAUGUGGUUAGGUGUUUAUUUUUCAUUUGGAAAUAUUUCCUUGCCAUGUAUAGCAUGGUUAAUUUUACCCAAAAAAUGGAAUUGGAGUAUUAUACAUGGUUUCGUUGAAAUCAAAUCUUGGAGAGUAUUUUUAGCAAUUUGUUCUUUACCAUCAUUUUUGGCAUGCUUUGCUAUUUGUUUUUUUCCCGAAAGUCCACGAUUUCUUUUAUUGAAAGGUCGUCGUGAUGAAGCAUUGGAAAUUUUUAAGAAAAUCUAUUCAGUCAAUACUGGAAAACCGGCAGAUACUUAUCUUAUAAGGGAUCUAGAGGACGAGUAUUCAGUAAAAUCAUGUGGUGAUAAAUGGAAAGAAAAAGUACAAUCAUCAUGGGCACAAAUCAAACCACUUUUUUUACCACCAAACGUGUUUAAACUCAUAGUCAUAUCUUUGAUUCAACUUGGUGCUACGAUAGGAUCAAAUUCUUUGAGAUUAUGGAUGCCACAAUUAUUUUCUUUGAUAGAAAGUUAUAAAAUCAAUCACGUUGAAACAGAUCAUCAAGUAGGUUCUCGACCAUCUUUUUGUUAUAUAUUUAAUACUACGGAAAAUAAUAAUGAUAAUGUUACUACCAUUGUAAAUAAAACAGCUAAUACCAUCGUCGAUUGUGUUUCGACAGAACUAAAUUCUACUGUGUUCGUGAAUUCUAUAGUCAUCGCACUUACCGGUAUCAUUGGUUACACCUUGGCUGGCUCAUUGAUAACCAUCGUUGGAAAGAAAAAAUUAAUGGCAAUAUGUUUCCUCGUGGCAGCUGCUUGUUGUGGAUCAUUGUAUUGGACUAAUGAUACUAAUGGAAUAUUAGGAUUGUCAUCUGUAUUUGUAGCAAUGUCGAGUAUCGGUGGUGCUGCGGUGGUCAACAUAAUCGUUGAUAAUUUCCCAACGUGUCUAAGAACUAUGGCAGUUAGUACAGCCAUGACAGUUGGAAGAUGCGGUGCUGUGAUUGGUAAUCUUCUUUUCCCAGUUUUGUUUGGAUUAUCUUGUUUUGGGCCUUUUAUUAUGAUUGGUUCGGCUUGUUUAUUUGCUGCUGCAUUGGUCAUACUUUUACCACGAAAACCUGCCAUAAAGAAAAAACCAAAAGAAAUUCCAUGAAAUGGGACUUAAUGUGGGAUUUUUAACCUCGUAUCGAUAAAUUUAUUUAUUUAAAUAUAAAUAACGCACGCGUCAAAAUUUUUCUUGCUCCUCAUUUACUUUUUUUUUGUUUUUGUUUAUUUGUUUAUAUAAGUAAACAAGGUCGAUAUUAUCGAUCACUUUAUCGAUCACUUUCAUCGUGUAAAUAAGUUCGUUCAUAUUAAUUAUUAAGAAAAUUUUUCUUUAAUCGGUUAUAACCAUCAUUAGGUGAAUUUAUUUUAAUA